AUGGCGGAGGCUCGCCACGCACAACUGGUCACAAACGACGGACUACCGCCUUUCUUGCCAUCCAGCUGUCCCACUGGCGUAACACACACCAACCGCUCCCUUCCUCAGCUGCCGGAACCGUUUCGAAAAAAAGUUCCUCACCCCCCCCCCUUCUCUUCCAUGCGCCGCCGACUCUCAUCUGUUGACCCCUCACACCAAAACAUGUCCUCUUCCUCCACCUUCAAUCCCGCCAGUAACGCCCUCCCUCCACAUUCUCCUCAAUACGCACUGCAGAAGAUAUAUCCCCUCCUCCCUCCGUCUUUCGCCCUUCCACACCACACAAUGCUCAACAAUCCCUCUUCUCUGCCUCCAAGAAAGCUAGCCCUCGCAAAAGCACUCCCUUCUCAACCUCUUCGCCGCGAAGUGCCCGACCGACACCACACUCUUCACGUCCAUGCAACGCCCAACGCCCGCUCCAGCAACCGCUUCUUUCCUUGA